AUGCAACAGAGAAUCUGCUCAAUCUGCUGUAGAAUCUCUCGUUCUCCUGUUUGGAAACGGUCCUUUGCCUGGAUUUCAGAACCGCGAUAUGAUGAUGAAUAUGGGUGGAUGAUCUCGAUUUCCUCUCGGAAAGCAGUGACUGUGAACGAAUUCCGGGGUGAACCAUCUGUGAAUAUCCGCGAAUAUGUGAAGCUAGACGACGGUAGAACGGCUCCAACAAAGAAAGGUAUCUUUCUAACUGAAGAAAACUACAAUGCCUUGAUGAAGUGUGAGGAGCAGAUAAAGACGAUGAUCGAAAAAACGAAAAAGGGAGAGACAAGUUAAUGAGUGCAGUUUUCUAUU